UGGGACAAUACUCAAAUGGGCGAUGAAUUCCUAGAGUAUUCCAGAUUACGACGCAGACGACCACUGCACGACCCGCUACGAAGUAGAAGACGUCAUGAAGCACACAGACAGGAACUAGAAACUAUUUUAUCUCCGUUACCAGAGAAGCCAAAACUCAAGGAAAGAUAUUUUUAUUCAUCAAAUUCAAUCAACUCAAAUGAAUAUGACAUCAGAAAUAGACGUUCGUUUGAUGUUGAGUCUUCCUUACCUGCAUGUCCAGCCAAUGUUUCUUGGCAGAGAUUAUCCACUGCUAUAGACUUGAACGGUACAGAAGUGGAUUUAGUUCAGGGCGAUAUUUACUGCUCAACGGAACAAAUGUUUCUGAUUGUUACAUGCCGGCAUCUCAAUUGUUGCGUUGGGAUAGACAAUACAAGGUACAACUCAAGUUGUCAACAAGAAUACAGCUACGCCAAUGCCUUAGUCUAUUCCCCCACAAACAGCAAUCAGAUUGAGAGACGAGUUAUCCAGUUUCAGAGUCGUUGUACUUGUUACGUGACACCAAGACGAACGGAGAGGAACGAUUAAACAUACAUCAAUUUA